AUGGCCAUUCUAUCAGAUAAGCAACCUCUCGCUAAGGGCGGCCAUGCCCGAAUGCCAGACAGGCUCCCCUCUUCGUUUGUUUCGUCAACGGUACCCUGUGUAUUUGACAAUACCAUCAUUCUUGCGGCAACCCACCCCACAGUCUCGACCGCGGAUCCAUCAGACGAUGGGCGGUUCAUUUCAGAUUUCUAUGCCUUUAACUAUCUGUUGAAAGGCUUGGGCAUGCAUCAGACAUGGAUAACCGCAGCUGAUCCAAGGAAUUUAGUGGAGAAGUAUGGGGCAUACCUUCAUGGCAACCCAUUUGAGGAUCGAAAGGUCUGCCUCGAUAAAAGCAUGCUUGACCAACAGCAAAUCACCCCAGUCACGAUAGUUCGCUCGGGUGAAAUGAUAGAUCGGGUUCUUUCAGAGGCGAAACGGGCGUCAGAAUUAGCGAAACGACAUGAGGCACCACUUCUACUACUCUUCUUCUGCCAUGGGCUACCCAAUCAUCACUUAUUGUUGAAUGAUGGAAACAGCCAUAAGAGUCUCAGCAUAGCCAAUCUCAAGAGCGUGCUUGAGCCAGGUGUGCGUGUGACUCUUCUAAGCACCGCUUGCUAUUCCGGGGGAUGGAUCACCACCCCCGAGCUCAACCACCCCGCCAUGACAGCUGCUGGCGGGGAAGACAACCUAUACGACGGAACUUCGAAUGCCUGGGGGGUAUCCCAUAGCAUUGGGCGGAGUUGCGGGUCUGUUUUUGUAAGCACCCUGUUGGAGACCUUGUCUAGUGCGACGAGUCCUCUUCUCGAAGAACCCGGUCUGGAAACAAGCCUAUCAGACCCACAGCAAAGUCUUCAACCAGAUAACCCCAAUAACUCGCAGAUUUUGAGCUAUAAUUCAUUUUGCGAUUCUGUUUGGAGUACAUGCGAAGAUCGCAAAACACGGCUCUGGAGAUUCCAGAACUUCAAGUUUAGUGCCCAGGAUGAUGCUUGGGAGUACUCGUGGACAGGGAGAACAGGAAUCCCAUUGUCCCACUUUUGGAACCGGUGGAAUGGACUCAAGUCCUACGCACAUCAAGAUCCGAACAAAACUGCAUCGGGAAGCCAGGCUAUUGAUAGAAUGACUGACCAUAUGGCCCAUAGAAGACUAAAAGGAACGGCGAGAACUUUCCACCAAACCUGUCCCGGUGAUUGGGAUCGUGGUAAGGAGGUGGGCUUUGGAGGCACACUCCGUGGAUUCUACGAGCGUGACUUGUUCCAGGAAAAAGCACCGAUGUUUGAAGCGGCGAUACGCUUUAGGUGGGAGGCAGCCCUUCUCGCAGACUACAUCCUCGAGUUGUUUGACCUUCCUGCUCCUAGUAAGAAGAUUUGCAUCAUGUGGCACCGGUUUUUGUGGAUUGAACAUCAACUGGAGACAAUUCCAAGGCCCGACUUGGAGGCACGUUGGCAGAAAAUGUACAACUCGCUUUCUGGUCAUUUUGAGACUCCUUGCUUGAGAGAGCAGGGCCUACCUUUCUACCGACCACUGCAUUAUUUGGUCGCGGCCCUUGUGGAAGCUGAUAAACCAGAGCAUGAGACAAGUGCUAUAAUUUCCGCCAUUGGGGAAUUCAUGGCCACAGUUCGAAUGUUUCACCAGCAACGUCUAUGUGAGGACCAAGAAGUUCGUGGUAGAGGCCGCGAGUGGCUAGAAUCCAUCGGUCGACAGGCUCGCAAGUCCCUCUCGCCGCGUGAAAGGACACGCCACUCAACAUCCGUCUCUUGCUAA